AUGGCAACUCCAGUGGAACCUCCGAACGGUAUCGGGUCCCAAGGAAAGCAUUACUAUUCCAUGUGGCAGACACUUUUCGAGAUCGACACUAAAUACAUGCCGAUCAAGCCCAUCGGCCGUGGGGCCUACGGCAUAGUGUGCUCGUCGGUAAACAGGGAGACCAAUGAGAAGGUCGCAAUCAAGAAGAUACACAAUGCCUUUGAAAAUAGAAUUGAUGCACUGAGAACUCUACGCGAGUUGAAGCUUCUGCGGCACCUUAGGCACGAGAAUGUGAUUGCUCUGAAAGAUGUGAUGCUGCCAAAUCACAAAGGGAGUUUCAAGGACGUCUACUUGGUUUACGAGUUAAUGGAUACUGACUUGCACCAGAUCAUUAAGUCUUCUCAGUCACUCACGAAUGAUCAUUGCCAGUAUUUCCUGUUCCAGUUGCUGAGAGGCCUCAAGUACCUCCACUCGGCAAACAUCCUCCACCGAGACCUCAAGCCCGGCAACCUCCUCAUCAAUGCCAACUGUGACCUCAAGAUAUGCGAUUUCGGGCUGGCCCGAACCAAUAGCGGUAAGGGCCAGUUCAUGACCGAAUACGUUGUCACUCGAUGGUAUCGUGCCCCCGAACUCCUCUUAUGCUGUGACAACUAUGGCACAUCCAUAGACGUCUGGUCUGUGGGCUGCAUCUUUGCCGAGCUCUUGGGCCGCAAGCCCAUUUUUCCAGGCACAGAGUGCCUCAACCAGCUCAAACUGAUAAUCAACAUCCUCGGCAGCCAACGUGAGGACGAUUUGCUGUUUAUCGAUAACCCAAAGGCCAGAAAGUACGUCAAGACUCUGCCUUAUUCGCUCGGAGCCCCCUUUGCUCGGCUUUAUCCUCACGCGCAUCCUCUGGCAAUUGAUUUGUUGCAGAAAAUGCUUGUUUUUGAUCCCUCGAAGAGGAUCAGCGUGUCUGAGGCACUCCAGCACCCGUACAUGUCGCCUUUGUACGACCCGAGGUGUGACCCACCGGCCCAAGUGCCGAUCAAUUUGGAUAUAGACGAGGAUUUGGGAGAGGAGAUGAUUCGGGAGAUGAUGUGGCAGGAGAUCAUGCAUUACCAUCCGGAGGCUGGGGCCGGGAAUAUGGAGUUCACCGUGUAA